AUUAUGAUAACAGCAAUGCUGAUAAAAAAGAUUGAAUAUUGGAAAUUGAAAAAGAAUCAAAGUUUGAAAAAUAUCAUUCAGAACUAUUCCUUGCAUAAAUCAGUGAAAUAGUAAUCAAAUCCGAUUUCAAAAUGCCGUUCUUAAGCUUGCUGACAAUAUUGGCUUUGUGUAAACCGAGAGAAAUUCAAAAACGUACAGAUUACUUUGAUACUUAUAGUGAUCAAGAUUUCCUCGAUCGCUUUCGAAUCUCCAAGAAAUCUGCAAAAUUUGUACUGGAUUUAAUCGAAGAACAAAUAGCUUCUCCACCGAACAGAAGCACUGUUUUAUCGCCUGCAGAACGACUCUUAUUAACAUUACGAUUCUACGCCACCGGUUCAUUUCCAUCCAACAGCGGCGAUCUCUUUGGCGUAGAUAGAUCAACGGCCAGAAAAAUCAUCGCGUUGGUAUCUUAUCACUUGGCAUCACUACGACCAACUUUCAUCUUAUUUCCCGAAACAACUGAAGAAAUUACCGAAGUACAACAGCAAUUUUACAAUAUCGCCAAGUUUCCCAAAUGUAUCGGUGCUCUGGAUUGUACGCAUAUGAAAAUCGAAUCUCCCGAUGGUAGAAAUCGAGCUGAAAAUUUUCGCAAUCGUAAAGGAUACUUCUCGUUCAACGUACAAACUAUUUGCGACGCUAAUCUCAAAAUUACGAAUAUUGUUUGUCGAUGGCCUGGUAGCGCACACGAUAACACUAUAUUUGAAAAUAGUAGUAUUCGCACUAGAUUCGAAAGUAAUGAAUUCAAAGAUGCGGUAUUAGUCGGCGAUAGUGUGUAUGCUUCGAAAAGCUAUCUAAUGACACCGUUCGCCAAUCCAACUACAGAAGGUCAGAAAAAAUACAACGAAGCGCAUCUUCAAACUCGUAAUGCUGCUCGAAGGUGUCACGAAGAAUGGAAACGCAGAUUUCCUAUAUUAGCGAUAGGUAUUCGUUUGAAUUACAGCUACGUAGAUGCCAUCGUUGUCGGUACUGCUGUUUUGUACAAUAUUGCCAAGAAUUUCGGUGAUGAUGUUCCUAGUGUUAGUCAAAGCGAUGAACAGUAUAUCGGAUUAGGUCAAUUUGGAACCGGUAAUUUGGCUAGUAAUUCUGUUGAUCCUGCGUUGGGUGCUCCGGUUGAAAAGAGGAAUUCGUAUGUGAAGUAUUUUGAAAGUUUAGGUAUUGAUGAGGGAGGCGAUGCUGAAAGUGAUGUAUAAAAAUGAGUUGUAAAGAUGUGAGAGCGUUGUAAGUGAAUUCAUGCUCCAAAUUUAAUUUAGGUAAUUCUAAGCAUUGAGUUAGUUUUUAUUUUAAAUUAUGGACCUUUUUUAAAAUAUUUUUUUCUAAAAAAUACUUACAAUAAAUCCAUAA